AUGGGUCAUCCUUGUACGCAUUUAAGUUGCCGGCACAAGAAAAACAAAAUGCUCUCAUCAACCCAUGAAAAUGUUGAUCUUCCAAUUGAUGAAAUGAAGUAUGUGAAGCUUCGUAAGUGCAAGCUCCAGCAAGAUGAGUUGUUGUUCCCUCCAUCGGAAUCCGGUAAUCGGAGGGAAACAAUAUGUGACAAAGGAGGUGCACAAAAGAUACACAAGGUGACAGCAAAAUUUGUGGAAGCUAUGCAAAGGGUCAUUGUGGCUAGGGAUCAAUUGAAGAAAAAGCAACAGCCGCCUGAUGGUACAAGCAAGAUGGGAUAA